CGCACUGUACGUGCUCGUCGUCGGGCCUCGCCACGGCGCCCUCACCCUCCUUCGCUCUCUUGUUCAAUGUCGUCUGCUAUCGCUAGCUAUGAAUCCUUCCUAGUCAAGAAUGUCUCUACCAUCUCUUCGGUCGAGUCCACCCUCAGAUCCAUCACUUGGCUUCUUCCUGGCAGAUUCAAAGAUGCAGAGCUGGCCUCUGAGGCUCUGGCUGCAUCGCUCAAUGUAUUGAGCUUGUACCAUGAUACACUACUCGCCAGGAUAAUCGACGCAGAGCCAAAACACAAACCUCUUCUACCUCCCUCUCUCCAUACUCGCUAUACUCGCGCAUGGGCAGAUGGCCACGUCCGUUACAAAUGGAUUGCCAGGGUGCUGGAGCUUGUUCGCUUUACUGAGCUCUUGAUUGAGAUGGGUCUACGGAGGAAGUUCUCAGAGAAGGGCCGGUGGAGAGGCAUCGUUUUACUGGAGGCCAUCAAAGCUAUGCUUCGCUUCGCUCUUCUUCGCAUCACACGACGACCAAUUUUGUCGCCCCCUAUUCCUGAGCGAGACAUAGAUCCCGCUAAUUUGCCUCCUCCGUCCAACACAUCUUCGCCGACUCUUGCUCCUUCUUCACCCCCGUCAUCCCCACCACUGACACCCGAACACCUGAGGAACAACCAUGUUCCAUUGCAUCCACAUCCACUACUUGCCUCUCCAUUGCCUCAGACCAAGCAUACCUCCCCCGUGGAAGAGUAUCUUCUAUCCAAGGCUCUCACCACCGCCUCCGUGAAAACACCAACUUCACUCGUCAGACCUCUUGUCUCACCGAAAGAAUGGUUGUCAGAAAGUCUCUACAUUAUUCGUCCUUUAAUUUACGCCAUCAUGCUUUCGGCAGACCGUAAAUCUAAUCGCCCCCUAAUGGUGUCACUCGCGAUGGAGCUUUUGUCCAGGAAUAUUCGCCGAGUACCUUCUAACUCGUCUUCCCUCGAACGGGGGGAGUAUGCGCGCAGAGAUAGAGAUCUAUUCUGGUAUCUUGUGCGCGGAUCCAUCUGGGAGACUUGGACGAGACCGAAGUUGGAAGCCUUCGCAAAUAACACCGAACGCAUCCCUGUCUUCAACCUCAUCAGCGGUUUACUCAAAGACUGGAUGCCGCUCAUUGACGAAUACCACUACUAUACUGCCUCAUAGCCUGCUGUUUAUGCUGCACCCGUUUCCUUUCUCUCACUGCGGAUCUAUCUGUAUCUGUACUCGUGUGUGUGGUUACCUUUUCAGUUCAUUAUGCGACUUAUUUCCUC